UAAAAUGAAACGUUUGAGUGGUCAGGCAAGGUACAGAAUUUUAGUAGGAUUAAUUGUAAUCAUCCUAGUUUAUUAUGCUUACAAAACAUUAUCUGACUAUAAUAGCCGUAUUAUUCAUGAAGAUCAGUUAGAAUUUGCAAGAAUCAAAAAUUCGCCAGUCGUAAUUUCAGUGUUUUAUGAAGCUUUAUGUCCAGAUUCAAAGAAUUUUAUUGUUAAACAAUUAAAAUCAGCAUAUUCAAAGCUUCCAAACUUAAUUGAAAUAGAAUUUUUCGCUUAUGGAAAAGCCACAACGACGAUUGAGAAAGACGGUUCACUUUCCUUCCAAUGUCAACAUGGUCCAACCGAAUGUGAGGGAAAUAUCAUUCAUUGUUGUGCUGUUGAGUCCAUCCAUGAUACAGAGAUAAAAUUGGAUUUUAUAGCUUGCAUGAUCAGAGAUAAUGGAAAUCCUCAAAAAGCGUUUCAGCGUUGUUCAAGAGAGUAUACAGUUGAUGCUGAAACGAUACAAAAGUGCUAUGCAUCUUUACAUGGGAAAGAGCUAUUGAAAAUAGCUGGUGAAAAUACACAUGCAUUAAAUCCUCCAGUCUCAUUUAUUCCCACCGUGUUGAUUGACGGACAACAAAGAAGGCAAGCAACCAUUUUAAGAGACUUGUUUGCAGAAGUAUGUGCAGUAUUGUCAGAAAGUGGAUUAACACCAAAAGCAUGUGAAAAUAUAUAGCAACAAAUUUGGUUACUCAUAAAAGACUUGGUUUAGAUUA